UUGAUGGUUACGUGUUGAUUGGAGUUUGUAAAAUAGAAAUACAUGUAAAUAGAAAAUGCUCAAUUAUUAUAGUUAACAACAGAUAAGCAUUAUUUGAGAUGAGUAAAAUAUCGUUAGUGUUUUGGUGCAUUGCGGGCUUGCUCGUUUUGGAAGGAGUUAAUUGUUUGAAUAAGCGAUGCAUAAGAUGUAGAUCGAGAGGAGAGCUCGGGUCGUGUGGUGAUCCUUUCCCGACAAACGUCACAGAGCCUGAAACUCAAAUUGGAAUACACAUAGUAGCUUGUCCAUCAGGCUGGUGUGGAAAGAUGAUUGAGGGUACCACCGGUGCUUUCAGAACUGAUGAUUAUGGUGCUGCGACACAAAGAAUGUGUCUACAGAGAUCGCCAAGUGACGAUGAAGAAAGAUGUGCUUACACUAUGUGGAAUCACAGAAAAGUUUAUAUGUGCUUCUGCAAUGGAGAUCUAUGUAAUUCGGCUGUUAAAAUAUCUUCAGUACACUAUACCAUAUUAAUAAGCUUUCUUGUUUGUGCCUUUUCAUAUUUUUAUACAGGCAUGUAGCUAUUUUUUAAGAAUAUUCAUGAAUCUCAUAUUAUGUAAUUUGAUCCAACAGAUACAGCAACAAUAGCAACUGUUUAUUGCUUGUUGUUGAAUGUAUUAUUUCAUAUAUUUAACAGUUAUAAGGAUGAUUUAAAACAAACAUUGUUAAGUGUUUUGCAGCUCAAAUAAGAAUUGUGAUAUUUUAUACAAUUGUACUUAAUUACUAUAAAGCUUUUAAGAUGUUGAUGCAAGUUACAAAUUGAAUUUUAAUGAAUCAUCUUUAUAAUACAGUUUUUAAUUAAAUUGUCAUUAUAUUUUUGAUAAGAAGAGAAGAUAAGAUGUCUCGAAUUUAUAUUUAAGAAGUGAAAUUAUAAACAUUCCAAUUUUCAUUCCUCACUACUCCGUCCUUAAGAUGUGAUGAAAAAAUUGUAAAUUAAAAAUUUUAUGUAUAUAAAUAACUUUUUAUGAAAUUUUUCUUGGUAAGUUUUAGAUUAAUAAGUUUUUUAUCUGUUACCACUGCCCUAUAUACUUACGUUUAACUAGAUGUAUAAAAUAUAAAA